AUGCAGAACCUCAGAGGCCGACGCGGCCCCGUACGGCCGGUGUGUGCUCAGCGCACAGUAAGCCUCGUCCUUGACAGCAUCAAGUUCUCGGUUCUCCUGAGAGCUCCUCGGGAGAACAAACGCCAGCCGCCUGCCUCGCUUGGUAGGUACCCACCGGCCCUAUCCCACCACCUCCUGCCUUCUGGCAGAAAGGCGCAAGGCACAACAGCCCACGCUCCAGUGGAAGGGCACCGGCGCCUGGGAGUCGCUAGCUGUAAUACUCACCUGUUCGCCGGCUGGCCCUCCGUUCCCCUCAGCGAAGCGGCCAAAGGUCAGGAUGGGGCUUCAAAAGAUGCUGCCUACGGAGCGCACUGUGCGAGGAAUAGGGAACAAAUUGUCCGCUCAUGCUUAUGUUCUUGUUUUCAGACAAAUCUACCUAUCUUCAAAUUGAAAGAAUCUACAGUCAGAAGAAGAUACAGUGACUUUGAAUGGCUAAGGAAUGAGCUAGAAAGAGAAAGCAAGGUUGUGGUACCACCUCUACCAGGAAAAGCUCUUCUCCGUCAGCUCCCCUUCCGAGGAGAUGAUGGCAUAUUUGAUGAUUCCUUCAUAGAGGAAAGGAAGCAGGCUCUCGAACAAUUCAUAAACAAGGUUGCAGGCCACCCACUGGCACAGAACGAGCGCUGUCUUCACAUGUUCUUACAAGAUGAAGUAAUAGACAAAAACUACACACCAUCCAAAAUAAGGCAUACUUGAGUUCUGAAACCACCUUCUUAAACAUUAGUGGUUCUUAUGCUUGGUUUUAAGAGGUUGUAGUUUGUCUUAGCAUGCUGAGGAUAAACAGGCACGAAGUCUCCACUAACAUCAGUACACUGCUUGGUCUUUGCAUAUGCUUUAUAGCAUUAAAGAACUCACUUGUCUUCUAACUAAAUCCCUCUGAAUCCUUGAUUUAAGAGUAUUAUAGUAUGAGACCAUCCACCCCUUGCAAUGUCUCACAAACCUUUUGACUCUUACUUGCAAUGACUUAACAAUGUUUACUGACUUGGCCUUACUUGAACUUGCACAGUUGUAGUGUCACGUGUUCACUUGUAUUUGACUCAACUGCUAUGCUGUUUCUGAGGUAGUCAUCGAUCUGAACUUCUGUAGAAAGACUGCUUUACUUCUGAUACCCUGUGUGAGAAAACACUUAUGCAAUUGUCGUCAAGCUUGUAAAACACUUUAUACUGAAGUAAUGAGGGAAUUAUCUUUAUAUUCUGUAAGAGGAAAAAAAAUCAAAUUUAUAUACUAAAGUAACUUGUCUAAAGUUUUGAAAUAAAAGUGAAAAUACACUUCAAAUGUUUUGUCACUCUUGA